UAUAAGUGCUCGAUCUCAGCGUUAAGCGGCUUGCUUAACAAUGGACUUGAAAGUAUCCGUUGAGGGUGUUAUAAGAGAGGUAUCUGGUGUGACAGAAUCGACAACCUGUGAGGAAAUCAUAAUAAAACUGGCACAAGCAGCUAACCUCCCUGGAUUUUACACCCUAGUGGCAGUUUACAGAGGACGUGAGGAUACCCUGUCUGCUGAUGAGAAAAUGAUGGACUUCUUUCGGAACCUACAUGAAAAGCCAUCCAAUGUACAGUUCAUUCUGCGUCGUUUAGAGGCACCGUCUCCCCGUCCAACCCAAAGUCAGAUACAAGCAAAAAAGCACCCAUCUGUCCCAACUCAGCGCUCCCAAAGUCGACUCCCGGCAAACCUCUCUUACCAUGAUACGGGUUCAGGUGCAUUUCACGGUCCGUUUUCUCCACCGCCGACUUGGAACUCUGGACGUGAACAGUCCACGCCAGCUCAGAAACGCCCGUCGCUACGUCGGUCAGCUACCUUCGAAGCCAAACAAGUGGCACAGGAUGCGCGAGCUCCCAACAGCUCGCAGACGGCUUUUGAUUCCGACGAGUAUGAGCAGCUUAAGGAUCAGCUCGCCUAUCAAGAACAAGAGGUAGAACUGAACAGAAUCCGUCUGCUAAGAUUGGACAAAGAAAUAGCUGAACUGGAACAUGCGAACAGACUAGCAGCCAUUAAUGAUGCCUCGUUACCUGUUGGACCUGCAGCUGAGUUGGCGCAGUUGGCGGCCACUCCAUGGUCUCAGCUGCUGGAUGCAAAUCGUGCGCGCCAGCGUGACCUCCUGAAAGAACACGAGCGUUACAAAUUGGCGCUGGAACGAAUAAACACAGAGUUAGAAAAGACCCGGAAGGACGCCCUUCAAUUGGAGAACAAGACCAAUCAAGAACUCGAACGUUUAUUGGCCACCUUGGAUGUUGCGAACUCACAACGCCGUCAACUUUUGCGCUCAUUAAGUCCCCCGGCAGCUCGCACGCGACCCUCGGCGUCGAACACACCUGAUGGCGUCGCUGUGUAGUGAUUCCUUCCGGAGGGUCGACAGUACCUAUGGUGCAUGUGAUAAAUAAAUUCGGACCCUUCCAACACGCUAGUCAUUUCGCAACCUUAUAAUUGUGCUGCAUUCAUUUGUUCCAUUCUUCCGUAGUUUCAGGAACUAACUUGACCUUGAUCUUCUGUACAUAAUUUUUGACGUUUAUGAGCCUCAUUUUAACACCAGCC